AACGUUCAAGAUGGCGACGUCAAUCAGGAAGUAAGACAAUCACCAAAAAAAAAUCUGAUGUUAAAAUCCCGGCAUCAGGCGAACUACAACACACGCGCACAAGAUUUGUAUUGAUGGUUUGAUGGUGACCAGACUUAUUAAAAGUUUGCUUUGCUAAGGGCAUGGCUGACCCCGGUAAAGCCUCUUUGUCCACGCCCUGAUGCCCCUUAUGGCUGCUCCUCCCGCCAUGGAUGGGGAGAACCACCUGGAUCUGCGGGGGCCGCAUUCUGACCGUGCUGCCUACAGUUUGUCCAUGCAGAAUGCGAUGCAUCAGGCUACCCCCUGGAAAUACUCGCAGGCACCUCUGUACAGUGCUCCUUAUCCUGUGCAUUCUGGAAACCAGCACUGUCCCCAGCUCCCAUCUGCUGACAGUCAGUUAGACCUCUUGGCCUCCUUGCUAUGCCAGAAUGCAGAGGUACCCGGGCCAAGCUUGCAACGGAACAGAGAUUCCUCUCAGGACUUCCAGGACAUCGACAUGUCAUGGCUACCCUCUUCGCCUGAUUCGCUAUCGGAAUACAUCGCGCAGGACUGUGGCUUGCCCCUGUUGAGCGAUGUCGCUGUUUCUGGGUCGGAGGAUAAUGGCGGGAUGCCAUUGCCUACCGGCCUGGAGGACAUCUCUGCCAUCCUUGGUCCUGGUCCCCUGGUUGGGAUUAAGUCCCAGCCUGCCCCCGAGGAGGAAGAAGAGGCUGAUGAAGAGGAGACAUUGGAGCUUGGCCAUGUGGACACCUAUGCUGAAUACAGACCGUCGAAAUCCAUGAUAGGAGUCUCACACCCUGACAUCGUUGUGGAGACCAGCACACUGUCCAGUGUCCCCCCUCCUGACAUCACCUACACCCUGUCUGUCCCUGAGAGGACCGUCUCUGCUGGACUGCUAUCUGCCCUGCAGCUUGAGGCUGUCAUCUAUAGCUGUCAGCAACACGAGGUGAUCCUGCAGAAUGGCCAGCGGGCUGGUUUCCUCAUCGGGGAUGGGGCAGGCGUGGGAAAAGGCCGCACCUUGGCUGGGAUCAUCCUGGAAAACUUCCUGAAAGGGCGCCGGAAAGCACUGUGGUUCAGUGUUUCCAAUGACCUGAAGUACGAUGCCGAGAGAGACCUUAAAGACAUAGAAGCUCCCAGCAUUCCCGUCUAUGCCUUGAACAAGAUUAAGUAUGACGACACCGCCACUUCGGAGGGCAUCCUGUUUGCCACUUACUCAGCCCUGAUAGGGAAGAGCAAGGCGGGCAGCCAGCUGCGGACUCGCCUGAAGCAGAUCCUGGACUGGUGUGGCCCCAGCUUCGACGGAGUCAUUGUGUUUGACGAGUGCCACAAAGCUAAAAAUGCAACCUCCACCAAGAUGGGCAAGGCGGUGCUGGACCUGCAGAGCAAGCUGCCGCUGGCCCGGGUGGUGUACGCCAGCGCGACAGGGGCCUCAGAGCCAAAGAACAUGAUCUACAUGAGCCGGCUGGGCAUUUGGGGGGAGGGCACCCCCUUCAGGACCUUUGACCACUUUCUGCAGGCUAUUGAAAAGAGAGGGGUGGGUGCCAUGGAGAUCGUGGCCAUGGACAUGAAGGUCAGUGGCAUGUACAUCGCUCGGCAGCUCAGCUUCUCAGGCGUGUCCUUCCACAUCGAGGAGAUCAGCCUGGACGAUGACUUCAAGCUUGUCUACAACAAGGCUGCUAAGCUGUGGGCCGAGGCCCUGAACGUGUUUCUGCAGGCAGCCGACCUCCUGGGGUUGGUCUCCCGCAAGACCCUUUGGGGCCAGUUCUGGUCUGCACACCAGCGAUUCUUCAAGUACCUAUGUAUUGCUGCUAAAGUGCGCCGCCUAGUGGAGCUGGCUGAGACAGCACUUCGGGAGGGCAAGUGCGUCGUCAUCGGCCUGCAGUCCACCGGCGAAGCCCGGACCCGGGAGGUGCUGGAUGAGAAUGACGGUCACCUGGACAGAUUUGUGUCUGCGGCGGAGGGUGUGUUUCGGUCUCUGGUGCAGAAGCACUUUCCUUCAGAGAAGCAGAAGAGAGACAAGAGCGCAGGAAACAAAAGAAAGCGCAAGCCCAAGGGCCGUCCACCAAAAUACCCAAAGCACGGCGUGGAGCUCAGCGGCGUGAUCAAUAUCAGCGAUGACACCAGCACUGACACCGACGGCCUGGACAGCGACUCCAAUUCUUCGCCCGACUCGCUGCUAGACAACGACGACGUCAUCUUCGUCAACCACACCACCUGCCACUCAGUUAAGUUGGACGAGAUGAAGCGGAGGCUUCUGGGCCGGAUUUGUGAGCUGGGGAGGGAGCUGCCCCUCAACACGCUGGACGAGCUAAUCGACCGUCUUGGGGGGCCGGAGAAGGUCUCUGAGAUGACUGGCAGGAAGGGGCGGGUGGUGCGGCAGGCCAACGGAAGCGUGCGGUACGAGUCUCGCGCUGAGCAGGGGCUCACCAUCGACCACAUCAACAUCAAGGAGAAGGAGCGCUUCAUGGAUGGGGAGAAGCUGGUGGCCAUCAUUUCGGAGGCAGCCAGCUCGGGCAUCUCACUGCAAGCGGAUCGGCGGGUAAAGAACCAGCGCCGGAGGGUGCACCUAACCCUGGAGCUGCCGUGGAGCGCCGACCGGGCUAUUCAGCAGUUUGGUCGCACGCACCGUUCCAACCAGGUAACGGCUCCGGAGUAUGUGUUCCUCAUCUCGGAGUUGGCAGGAGAGCGCCGCUUCGCUUCUAUCGUGGCCAAGAGGCUGGAGAGCCUGGGGGCUCUUACCCACGGGGACCGGAGGGCCACAGAGUCAAGGGACCUCAGCAAGUUCAACUUUGAGAACAAGUACGGUACCAGAGCACUGGACCAGAUCACCAAAGCCAUCCUGGGCCAUAUUGAGAGCAAGGUACCCCCCCCAAAGGGGUACCCCGGAGGAAAUACCAUGUUUUUUAGUGACAUGAAGUAUGGCUUGAUGGACGUGGGCUUCUUCUGUAAGGAGUCAUUCAGCAAUGAGAAAGACUGCAGCAUCACCAAGUUCCUCAACCGUAUCCUGGGCCUGGAGGUACACAAGCAGAACUCACUCUUCCAGUACUUCAGUGACAACUUCGACUACCUAAUAGAAAUGGACAAAAAGGAGGGGAAGUAUGAUAUGGGCAUUCUGGAUUUGGCCCCGGGCAACGAUAAGAUUUACGAAGAGACCCAAGAGACGUUCCUCACCCCAGGCAACCCGCAGGAAGGCCAAGUGAUCCUCUAUGAGGUGAGUGUAGACCGCGGACUGCCCUGGGAGGAGGCGAGCAGUCGGGCAGAGACUCUGCGGGGGCCUGACGAUGGCUUCUACCUGUCCCACAAGAUGCAGAGGAACCAGCCCUGUGUGCUUCUGGCGGAACAGAGCCGCGGAAAGAACCUAGUGCUGUACAAACCCAAUAUCGGCCGGCAGGCCCAGCCCGAGAGCCUGGACAACCUCCUGAGGAAAUACCACAAGGUUACACCUGAUGAAGCCAGGGAAUUCUGGGAAAAGCAGUAUUCCGUAUCCCUGACCAAGUGCAGCCAUGCCAGCCGGAGUGGCCGUUGCAAGCAGAUGAGCCAGGGAGGCAAGUGCUGGAUGGGGCUGCGGCUGCGGCGCUACCACAUGCUGUGCGGCUCGCUUCUGCGCGUCUGGAAGCACGUGGCCGACACCGUCGCUAACGUCACCAGCUCCGGCAUCCUGCAGAUCGUGCGCCUCAAGACCAAGCAGCACAGCAAGCAAGUCGGCAUCCGGAUCCCCGAGAACUGCGUGCCGCAGGUUCGCGACAUCCUGCUGCAGAUGGAGAAGGAGGUGCAGAGGCAGCGGCAGGAGCGGCAGGAGCGGCAGUGCCGGGCCGCCGAGGAGCAGGCCCUGGAACAGCAGCAGCAGCAGCAGCAGCAGUGGCACUCCUCCUUCCUCCCCUCCCAGCCACCCGCCCAGUCCGAUCCCGUGGACGCCAUCCUGGACCUAACUCUGAGCAGCCCGUCACCCUCCCUCAAUAGCGAUGCCGAUGAUGAUCGCAAUGACAGCCAGGGCCUGCUUUGCCCGUCUGAGCCAACUGGGGGUGCCCUACCUUACAGCCUGCAGCCCCCGCGAGAUUUCCCGCAUACCUCCCCUGAGGAUGAGCUGACGGCCUCCUUGAAUGGGCCCUGCCCCCAGCUGCCCCCUCACCUCUCCUUGUACCCUUCCUGCUCAUCUUACUCUCCUGUACCCUCCACAGCCACUUACUCCACCACUUCCAGCUCCCCCUCCUGUUCCUUCCCAUCAGGCCCUGCAAUGGGCUGGUACACGCCUUCCUUCCAGACCAGCCACUGCAGUGCAGACGCUCUGGAUGUGCGCGAGACACUGGACAGCCUGUUUCACACCAGCUCAGGCCGGCAGUCCGUGAUCCAGUACUGGCUGCCUGGCUGGGAUGCGACUUAACGCUAACGCUGACCCUCCGGCUCCCCUAGUGUCCCCACAAACCUCAUUGGCUCAAUAUAGUGAUUUGCUUUAAACUUGCUGUGGUAGAUUAUGAUGAAGUUACAGAUAACUGGCUCCAGCUCCCAGCAUUCCUUAGUUUCCACCGAGUCUCUUCGGUGGUCUUUGGAGUGCGCCUGUCAACCUGGAAUCAUGUUUGCCGUUGGGGUGGAAGAUGUUUAGUAGGGCAGUAAGCGCUUGAAUCGGAAAUGUUAGUUUAGAACAGAUUUUAUUUAAACCUGGAAAAGAAGCUGUUUCUUUUAGUUCAGAGGGAUAACCAAUCAGAUUGCCCAGGAGGUGGGUCCAACCAAACCGAUGUCUUUGUCAAACCUCCUCUAGUUGCCUGGAUCCACCUCCUCUACAAUCUGAUUGGUUAUCUCUCUGAACCAAUCCUCCUGUCCUCAGAACAUUUCUAUGUAAGUAAUACUCUCAUGAGCUAGGUGUUUCCAUGGCGAUUGGCUGAACCCGGGCAGAGCAGAUGGGCGGCAUCCUGUCCGAAGGGCCUCACUCUCUAAAUAUCACACUUUGGCUUAAACCUUCGUUGUUUCAUCAUGUUUCAUAAUAGUGGUCUGAGCUGUUGCUACCAAGUUAGAAGCUGAAAUGGAAACAAAAGUGUCACUUUGAACGUGCCUUCUAAGAAAUGCAGUCUUUCUAAAGUAUUUAUAUAUUUUUUGAAACAGUGAUGCUGGUUUUAUUUGAUCAUCAUAACAGACUGAAGGCCUUCAUGGUGUUGUGCUGCUAGGAGAUUUAAACCUUUUGGUUGUGGGCUCAUGAAUUCACAACCUCAUGAAUCGCUGAGCACGACCAAUGAUCACCAUGGAGACUAAGGAUUGGCUCUGCUAAUGGCUGUUAAAAAUGUGGCAUGGGGGGUAUUAAUGUUUGCUGAUCAUGAUGUAAUUAAAGGGGACUAAUUUACUUUCAUUGUUGUUCAGCCCUUGAAAUUCUCAGGGAAAUGUAUUGUUUUAACGGUCUUUAGGAGUUCAGUUUUAUUACUAUCUGGGUAAUAAAACCUUCAUAUUUUAAGUAGUUGGAUCUGUUGUCCUAAUGCAAGUUAGAUACCUAGAGCCCAGAAAGAACCUGUAAAAAAUCUCCCUUCUCUGUAAGAUUUUCUUGAGCAAUAAUUGUACAAUAAGAACAAAUCGAAAGGCAGAAGUCACUACUGUUUACGAUCUGUAUCGUAUGUUUCAUGGAAGACUUCCACAUGUGUGGGUAGUAUACAGGAACUAUUUAAAUUAUGGCCCAAACUCACAUCUUUUAUUCUUGUAAAGCAAAGAAAAAAGAAUUUAUUGUAUUGUCAUUAUUACUGCUAUUUAUAUGUAUUAAAUAUUCUAGUAGAUAGAUUAUAAUUUUGUUCUGCAGAUUAAUACUUUUAAAAAAGAAAGUUUCAUCAGGGACUUCUCUUUUUAUGAAAUUGUUAACUGGUACCAAAUAUGUUGCACUGUUCUGUGCUUAUUCCUAGUAUAAUGUCUCUGUACUGCCUCUUACUUGUUGUUUUCUGCGUGUUUUUGAUUUAACAUUAUUAACUUGUUUUCAUGGGUAGGGGAUAAGCCUGCAGUAUGAUACCAAAAUAUUCCGACCUGAAGCCACUGGCUGUGUUAAAGUACUCAGGAAGAAAUUCGAAAGAAGCCUGACAUUGAGCUCGGUCUGGUUCGUAAGGGUUAAUUUCACAACGGAUAAUGGAAACGCCCACUGCUGUUCAGCAUUUUUGUUCCUGAAUUGCUGUGUUUUGUGUGUGUGGUUGAAGAACUGGACAGAAAGCCAGGGUCUCUGCGGCCGGACCUGUGACUGAGGUGCUUUACUAGAAUCUUCUUCAUGUGAUAAAGCGGCUGCAAAACUGAUUUAAACAGAGGUGGGUACUUCAGGUCCUGAAAGUGUAAAAAAAAAAAAAAAAAACACUUCAUACUCAACUGGUUAGUUGGAAUAAAGAGUCUGUGCGACUUUACAAUAAGGCUACUCAUAUGAGGAGUUUAUGAAUGGUUUAUAAUCUGUUUAUCAAUUGGGUUGUAACACUUUGUAAAUUAUCAAUAGACUAUUUUAAACAAGUUAUAACAGUUUUCUUUUUAUUAAUGAGUUACUACCAUUUACAAGUGGCAAAAGGGAGCCUUAUUGUAACGUGGUACUGAAGUCACGGGCCCUCACCUGGUUGGUUGAAACAAAAUCUUGGUCUGGAUUUUUACUUCUGGACCUGGACUAUCUACCUUUUGUUUAAAUAUAACCAAUGAAAUUUAAUUAUGAGUAAGGAAUAUGGAGGGGAAAAUUAUGUAUUAUUGAGGAUUUUAAGGGUAAGUUGAAUCCAGGUGUUACUACAAAGUUUCAUUUGUUUUUGUAUAUUAGGUAAGUUCUCCAGUCUGAACUGUUCCAUGAAGCUCUGGUCUUAGUGGAGAUGCAGCCACCCAGAGAUCCUUAGUUCACAGACACCCAUGCAAACUCUCUCCUUAAACAUAUUGUGCUACUGACUAUUUUUUUAAAGACUUUGACAAACCAUUCAGCACUUUUAUUCCCCGAAUAUAUUUAUUUGGAUCAAAGUUGUAUCGUUAAACACUUGUGCCUUUUUGACUAAUUCUCUGUUUAUAACAGGAGUCUUGUAUGGCAGUCUUGAUUUUUGUUAAAAUAAAAGCUCAGGAUUGCUGAUGUUGCUUCUGUUUGUUCCUUGAUCAUGAUGAACUGUGUUCGAUUGUCCAUUUUAGCAUUUAAUUUAAAUAAACCUACAUGUAAAAAUUUGA